AUGUCGCGAUUCAGACCCCACGAGGCAGAGGUGAUUGUGCUGGCUAAGGCCGACUACCGCAAGGACGUCUUCGGCAUCAACCACAAGCAUUGGUGGAAGCCUCUUGUGGCCAACCCUCACAGCGUUGGAUAUGGCUACGGAAUAUUUCACCUUAAGAAAGCCAGUCGCGUGGAAGUAGCAGAGCGUCUGAGCGAGGUUUACGAAGCUGCACUUGCCGAACUUCGUUUCAAGGGCUCUCUCGGCCAUGUCACCGGCAAAGUUGUCCGGGAUCAUGUGUUGCAUCCGGAUCUUUACAAAGCGAUCCAUAGUCGCCUUGUCACCAUCAACAAGGACUGGGCUCCCCUUCGAGAGGACAAGCGCAAACGCGAUCUCACCUAUGGCAUGAACAAGUACGAUGAGGCCCGGAGAAAGUACCUCGCCCGUCCUACUCCGCUCGGAAGCCUGGGUGAUGACGCCCCGACCUUUACUCGGCUCUGGUUCCUCGUCGAUCGGUGGCUCGAACUGACAACCGACGGAAACACAGUCCUGAAUCUCGACAAUGGCACUUCGGCACUGAUUGCUGGUCUCGACCCAGUCCCCCUACCUAUGACAACCUCGAAAUUCGCCAAGUGUAUUGGUCCCCCAGACCAGCAGAACGUCAAAGCUUCUACCAAUUCGAGUAUCUUUGACUUCGCCUCGAUUUAUGAUUCGCUCCGCAACGACAUCGAGGAUAUGCUUGCUCGAGAGAACAUCCAGCUUGCUCAGCGCAUAAAGCAACUUGAAGACGAGAACAGCGUCAUGCUGCCAGAGCUGAAACGUCUUCGAGCAACGGUCGCUUGUACUCGCGAGUCGCGCCUGGACAAAUGGUCUUGGAAACUUCAAGGUUACAAUGAGAAGCAACGACUGGAGGGAAAACCGUACUUUGGGUCUCGUGAAAUGUUUGGAUUCUUGCAAUUCGUGGAACAGCAGGAGGCAAAGGAAAGAAUUUGA